GAGGUGUGUGACACGAGCCUUCAUAUUUCUCUGACGUGAGAUAAAAACUCUCACAAGAGCAGGAAGUCAAGCGAACAAAACGAAAACACGGACAAGUAAGGCCAGAGAGAGAGAGAGAGAGAAAGAGAGAGAGCGCGAGAGAGAGAGAGAGAGAGAGAGAGAGAGAGAGAGAGAGAGGGACAUGCGGACCUUCCAGAGCCAGAACCAGCCCGGGGAGCGCGGAGCCUCCAGCUGCCUGCCCAGCCUCCCUCCCCUCAGCACGGCCGGCGUCACCCUCACAGCCCUGCUCAUCCUCACCAUCCCAGUCUGCAAAAGUGCUCCAGCAGAACUUCAGCAAGCUACAACAGAUCAACUACUCAGCCAGAUAGAUGCUGUGUGCUCAUCCUACCUCUCUACAGAGCUGAAGUUUCGGGCAUCUGAUAUCCUAGGAGAACUCUGUUUCUUGAUGCUGGUUCAGAAGUCAAAGGAGUUAAAAGUGCGAGAAAAAAGUAAAAGGACCUCUCAGUCGCACCCUCUCCUGCGUCUAGUUUCUCAACUCAGAAGAGAGAGAGGACUCUCAAUGCGCGCUGAACUCCAGGGACCUGGGGGAGUCCAGAGCAGAGGUUACUUCCUCUAUCGGCCACGAAAUGGAAGACGAUCCUUAGAAUAUGAGUAAAUUAAAGCUUAUGUACAGACAACACAGACCCUGAGACCCGAGCCGCUGCCCCACGACUGAUCGAGAAUUCAACCACAGCCCUCUGCCACUGCUGUUUCGUUAUGUCUGAAUGUAAACAAUUAAUACGAUUCAAAUAAGCAGUUGUCAAGAUUUUAUUUUGUGUUAUAUGUGUGUCAUUUCCAUUAAAACUGCUUCAAUGUGGUUUGGUUUGCAGUUGUGUAUGGUUUGAUUUGCUACACACAUUGCAUUUGGAAAAAGUGUGCAAC